AAAAACAUGAACUCAUGUCAAAUGACGAACAACCAAAGCUUAACGUUGUGGAGAAGGAGUAUGGAGUUUUCUUUGAUGCCCUGUUCCUUUGCGCAACAAUUCCUUUAGAUUCUAAGAAACAUCUUCACUGGUCUCCAUUACAAGGAAAAUGCCAUCUUCGUCCCCUCGUUUGGGCAAUGGCGGGCCCUCUACCCGCCAUCGCACUCCAACGACUGUCUACAUCCUGACAGCGGGGCGAUCCCCAGCUUUAGGCCCAUUCUGCACAAACUACAACAAAAGCCUUUUGCCUGUAGGUGGCAAAGCUGUGCUGAGUCUCCUCAUCCGGUUGUUUCCGCAAGACCGAUGGACCAAAUUCGUGAUCGCGACCGGUUUCGAGGCACAGAAAGUGAAGGACUACGUCCACUGCGCGCACCCGAACAUCGACGUAACUUUCGUUGAUGUGCCGAACUAUGAUGGGCCAGGUAGUGGGCCAGGCGCGUCGCUGUUAGCCUGUAAAAACGCAGCUGUUGCGACUGCUGGUGAGACGUCGCCGUUCUACAUCGUGGUCGGGGAUUUGUUCAUCUCGAAUGUCAAGGAAGACGGCAUGGCUACCGCCUCUUGGUCAGUGAUGCAGCCUUCUGACCUGUUCCCAGGAGGACCAGGGGCGAGGGAUGGAGUUAUGCUAUCUUCGAGGUGAUAGCGCUCACUACAUGCUACUUCGAGGUGAUAGGUUAUCCUACGCUGUCAUAUCGAAUCUUUGAACGUGAACUAUUUAAGUGGUCCACAGAACAAACAAACCCACCUUUUUAUCAAGGCACAUCAUGAUUCCCUUCUGGAAAAUUGUCCGCUCAUCUUCAUUUUUCCCUUCUAACGCCCCAACCGUCGGCGCUCGUCCUUCUGGCCAUCGAAAACGAGUCCCUGCCAACAGCUGCAAUUGGGUUGCGACGCAGUUUGUCAGCCCAUUUGGAAGUGACAAGUAUUGCAAUUUCGCUCUUGGCGAGAAAGGGUCCGUCUUGCAGGUGAAAAACAGACAAAUCUACGUAUGGAAGGGAGGAUGACUUUGUGUAGAGUGCGCACUUUUCUACUUUCCCAGCAGCACACCUCAUUAUAUUCGCUUCUCUAACCCCCGGAAGUUACCAAGAUGCCUCAUGGAUUGGUCUAGCAUAUGUGCAGAAUGCAGACGCAUUUUGGGUUGGACUCGAAACAGAGGUUGCGCGGAAGCUAGAACUAGCGCAAAACGCGGCUCCAGGGGUCAAAGGUAUUUUUAGACCUCCUAUGCUGGUGAGUUUUCUUACUACACAGUUUUCUAUGCUGAAUACAUAGUUAAUAUUGGUGUAGGGAAUCAAUUCAUCUCCAAAGUCAUCUGGAAGAGAAAGACAAGAGCAAAAAGGGACCCAGAUGAUCCCUGGGAUGAAUUCCCGAUACCUCUAACAUAGCCUCAUGGUCUCACCUACUUUUAAGGCUAGAAGAAAUCCAUCCUCACAGGCAUCUUGGUCCCGUUUCUCAAGGGAAAAAAGACGGAAGAUGCCGCUGAAGAUGGAUUUCUUCUAGCUCUAACACUUCUCCCCUAUCGAAGACGAUUUCGCUCACAUUCAUCUCACCUACGUCUCCCCUAUCGAAGACGAUUUCGCUCACAUUCAUCUCACCUACUUCUCCCCCAUCGAAGACGAUUUCGCUCACCUGAUCAAAAGCCAUCUCCACGCACAAUUCAAAACCAGUUCCGCCCUCCGAAAUCGUCGCCGGCUUCGAGUAUAUGCUCGAAAGCGGCUACGACCUGAAAGCUAGACAGUAUCGCUCGUGGGUUGAUAUUGGGUCACCGGGAGAGUACCUUGACCUGGUGAAAGAGCACCUAGGCGCUGGCUUCGACUACGGCAAGACGGGGGAACAUCUCUAUUUCUGCGGAGGCAGGGUCAUCAAGUUCUUCGAGGAUGCCGAAAUCACAGCACAACGCGUUGCUCGCUGCCAGAUGGUGCCUGGCGUUUUUCCGAACGUGGACCGAUUUCAAGGGAACUUUUAUUCGUACAAGUUCAUCGAUGGAGAGGUUUUGUAUAGGAAAUGCGACGAUCACGUUUUUCAGAUGCUGUUGGAGUUUCUGGAGACGAAGGUGUGGCCAGGACCACCAAGUCGUGAGGGAAGUACUAGUCACUCAGACGAGCAAGAAGAUGAGCAAGAGUUUGAGGCCGCUUGUUUCCGUUUUUACGUCGAGAAAACGAGGAAGCGAGUAGCCGCUUACCUGGCGAAGUAUCCAGAUCGCACAGCCCUGGACCAUGCGGAUCGUGUUGCGAGGAUUAACGGCGUGCAGGUAGAGGGAAUACAGAAGCUGAUUGACGAGCGCGUAGACUGGAAUCACUUGCUCAAAGAGAGGAAAGUUAUGAAUCUUUGAUUGGAAUCACUUGCUCAAAGAGAGGAAAGUUAUGAAUCUUUGAGAAGUGCAACGAUUUAAAACAGGUUAACAAAGAAUAAAAGCCAAACAGUCGCCUAAAGGGUGACCUGAAAAAUAUCCGAGUUGUUACUGUUGACUGAAAUAUGGGAGGAAGUAGCUUAACGCCAAGACUAUAAGUUUCGGUUAUUCUGAUGAUCAGUUACUUGCUUAUUUCAGUUUUUUACUUAAAGUAUUAAAAGAAGUGCUACAACCAAAUCGACCAAAAUCAGAGCUUCUGUUCUUCAUCUUGAUCUUUUUGAACUUGUAGUAAAAAGUUCUCCCAAGAACAUGAUCCAGCUCAUCCACCGCUCUAAUCUCCCUUGUUUCUUUCACGGCGACUUACAGUUCGACAAUAUCCUGUACAACGACGGGCAAGACUUAG